UUGUCCAUUGCACAAUUGUCUUAAUAUACAAUUGUCAGGCUGUGGAGCUGACAUGAGUCACCAUCAUAAAAGUUAUUUCUUUUCCCAUGUGCGAAUUUCUUUUCUCUAUUUUUCUCUAAUUCUUACUAACCUCGCAUUUUUUGGCUUUCAUUCACCAAAUUCUUUGUCCAAAUCAAAUUUCUUAUUUUUAACCAUACAUACUUGUUUACUACUUUUUUAUAAAAAAUUUUACAUAAAGAGCAAUUUGUUAUCGUUUCUAACGUUACGAGUAUCUAUUAAACUUUAUACAUCUCAUUUAAUUAAAAACUUGACUUUUUAUUAAUUUUUUGUUCUGUUUAGUAUUAUUAAAGAAUCUUAAAAAUGAGCUAUCAACCACAAGCAAAUAAUCCUUACGGAUUUAGAGCUGAUGAAAAUGCUCAUACAGCUGAAAGUGGAAUGCCAAAAAAUGAAAUUGGAUUCAAUGAUCAAACGAUUAGACAAGCUUUUGUUCGGAAAGUUUUUACUUUGGUCACUAUCAUGCUUGGUGUCGUUACAGUUAUGUCAGCAAUUCCUCACUUUUACAAGGAUGGCGAAAAAUAUCCACUCAGAGAGUACCUGAGAAAGAGUAUGGGGCUUUAUAUUUUGUCAUUAGUGGUUUUUCUGGUCGUCUACUUUGCAUUAAUUUGCUGUGAAAAUGUUCGCCGUAGUCAUCCGACAAACUUGAUUUGUACUGGCGUUUUAACACUUUCGAUUGGAUUUGUGACGAUGGUUAUGACUUCUUUUUACACGGUCGAUUCUGUUGUUCUUGCUUUUGCUGUUACAACUCUUAGUUGUGGUGGUAUAGUCAUCUUCUCGAUGACCACUAAACGUGACAUCACCAGCAUGCUUGGUUUUGCCGUCAUAAUUGGGAUGGUUCUGAUGCUUUUUGGAUUUUUUGCGGUCAUGUGGACAAUGAUUUUCCAUACCCGAACUCUUUAUCUAAUCUAUGCUGGUUUUGGUACUCUCGUUUUUAUGUUAUAUUUGGCUAUCGACAUUCAGAUGAUUAUGGGAGGACGCAAGUUUGAAAUUGAACCAGAAGAACAUAUUUUUGCUGCUAUUAUGCUUUUUAUGGAUAUUGUUCAAAUCUUUUGGUUCAUUCUUUCACUUUUUGGUGAUAGAUCGCGUUCUCUUGAAGAGAAAAAUAAAGAAUUGGAUGGUUUGAGACGUCAACUUGCGAGAGAAGAAGAAGAAAAACAUGAAUUGUUUUCGCAGAUUAAUUCACUUAUUGGGGAAUUGGCACAAAUAAAACAAGCAGAAAAUGUUUCUUCUAAAGAAAAUGAAUUGACUUUAUUGCAAUCUGAAUUGGAUGAAUUGAAAUUGGAUUUUGGAAGAAAACAAGGAGAACUUCAGAAAAUAUGUGGGGAAUUGGCACGUGAAAGGGAAGAAAGUCGAAGGCGAGAAAAUAUAAUGCAAUUAGAGAGUAGUAGAAUGGAAGAGGAAUUACGUGAACGAGAUGAGCUUCUUAAAGAAUUGACAGAAACUAGCGAUGAAUUAGGUCGAGCAUUGAAUGAAGCUAACAACGAUUUGCAAAAUGCUAGAGAACAAUUAGCCAUUACUCAACAAGAAUUAACAAAUAAACAAAAAACAAAUUUAAAUAUACCCUCAAUAAAUGAUAAUAAAUUAAACAUUUCAACUCAAAAAACAGAAGAUUUUGAACAAAGAUUUUCUUUAUUGGCUAUUAGUAAUACAGAAUUGAAAAGUCAAUUAAAAGCAGCAGAAAUGGCUUUAGAAAAUGAUAAAACCAAAAAUUUGGAGAAAAUAAAAGAAGAAAUUGAAUUAAAAGCUAAAUUAAAUUUUGAUGAAUUAUUGAAGAAGGAAAUAAUUAAAAAUGAAGAAAAGAUUUUGGAGGCAGAAAAAGAACAUUCUCGAUUGAAUGAAUUAUUAUUUUCUGAACAAAGAAAUAAAGAAUUACUGAAAGGACAGUUAGUGGCUUUGAAAAAAGAAAAUGAAUUUUUAGAAAAUUGUUUAAAAGAAAGGAAUAAUGAAGAAAUAAAUGAAAAGACAAAUUAUUUGGAAAAAUUAAAUAAUUUGAAAGAAAUUAAUGAAAAAAUAAAUUUUGAAAAAGAAUUGGUACAAACAAAAUUAAAUCAAUUAGAAAAAGAAAAUACUCGAUUAACUUCUGAAUUAAUUGAAGUAGAACAAAAAGCUGAAAGAGAAAUUAAAAAAUUAAAUAAUUCUUUGGAAAAAAUAAAAAAAGAAAAGGAAGAAGAAAUACCUCCUCCUUCUCAACCAAUUGCUAAACCGAGAAAAACUUUAAAUAAUGGAAAUGGAAAUAAUUUAAAUGAAACAUUUGUUGAAGAUAUUGAAGAAGAAGAAAAACAAAUAAAUAUAAUUAAAUCAGAAUUGGAAAAGUAA